UCCCAACUCCGUGUAUGAUUGUUUAUACUAGUACCUUUUUUUUCUUAUAUCUUUUUUUUUUCUUAUUUACAUAGAUAUAUAUAGGCAUUAUCUCUUAUUCUAAUUUUGGUCGCCGGGAAAUUAAGAUUCCGACCAACUGCUUCCUAGAGCAAUCGGCGCAUAUCCUUACUCUGUAUCGGGUGAUUCUUUUCCGGGCGGCAGAAGUAGUGAUAUAUGAUCAAUGGCAAAAGGUCGGAAAUUAACGACGAGCCGGAGCGAGAGGUUGCUAGGGAGCUACAGCAGCUAUAGCAACGGCCGUGGAACCGUCAACGACGCAUCGGAGUUUGUUGAAGACGACGUGUGGGGAACAGUCGAUGAAAUGGCCAACGGCGACGGCAGUUGCGAUGAUGGCUCGCCUGGGGAAUGGACCCCACGCGCCGCCGUUCCCAACAAUAACGGGAGCCGGCGGCAGAUCCCACGCGCGGAGCAUGACCGCCGCCAGGUCGGCGGCUUGUCGUUGGCUUUCGAUGAUUCCGGUAAGACGGCAUCGCCCCGGAUCGUCCACCAAUUCCGCGGGCAGCAGGACGGGGCGGCGGGGGCAUCGCCUGGUGGGCGUCACGUGGCCGCGUCAGCGCCGGUCAACGUCCCGGAUUGGUCUAAGAUAUACCGAGUCGACUCGGUGGAGUCUCUGAUUGACUCAGACGACGGCUUGGAUGAAAAUGGCGCGGAAAUUGUUCCGCCACACGAGUACUUGGCGCGUGCAUCUGCUCGCUCCCGGAAAACCGCCACUAACUCGGUGUUUGAGGGUGUGGGGAGAAAACUGAAGGGACGAGAUUUGAGCCGGGUUCGGGAUGCGGUAUGGAGUCAAACCGGGUUCUAUGGGUAAACAAUUAUCGACAAUUAUUAGUGGGUAAAUUUGGAGUGAACAUUGGUUACUACGGAGUAUUACAAUCAUUACAUUAUUAUUACUGUUAUUAUUGUGUUUAAAAUAUAUUAAAAGAAAAAUCUUCAAACGGGUUCAACUCGUCACCAAAAGAAAGUUAAGGGGUUGAAUUUGAGCAAAUUGACUGAGCAAAGACUAGAAUAAGUGGCGUUUUUUUACUUCCUAUUUCAUUCUUAUUAUUUUUGAAUGUACUUUUUUUUUGUCUUUUUGCUGUGAAUUUAGAAACUUACUAAAUUAGAAAAAUGCUAUUUGUACACUAUUAAUUGUUUGUACUAUUAAUUUUCAUUUUUAGUAAAUAGAACUAUUUGUUAUCCCAAAAAGUAAAUUGUUUGUAAUCAGCGUAUACAAGUAGAACCAUGGUAAGUAGUACUAUCCGCACCGGUAGCUUAGUUGGUCGAAUGGUGGGAAAAUUGAAUCAAUGUGACCAAGGUUCGAACCUCGCAAUGGCUGUGUGGAGGUAGAACCUGAAAUAAGGAUGAAUCUCUAGUGCGCAUGUGUAUAAGGCCUACCGUCGCUUUGCUGACUGAGUUACCAUGAUUAACCUCCCACCAUCCUGUCGGGUCGGGGUGGGGGGCCUUUGGGUUGGACAUUCAACCUUUUGGACCAAAUGGUAAGUAGUACUACAUCUGUAAUGUUGAGAUCUUCUCACUUUGAAAGUGAGUGAGAUUAUAAUUAAUGAAAGAUGGUACAAAUUAUGAGGGUAUAAUGUGAAAAUAAUGAAAUUGUGUGAUAAAUAAAUGCUAAAUCCAAAAAAAAUUAUGUAUAAUAAUGUACGAAACAUUAUUUUUAAAAUUAUUGAGGGUAUGAUGAUGAAAUUUACAAACGAGAAAUUAUUUAGUUACGAUUGAAAAAGGAAAUUGAGAAGAUCUUUAAGUUACAAAUGUAGUGUGGUAUGGUUUUUAAGAAUAGAUGAAAUACAUGAUUGAUAUUAGAUUGUUAAAGUCAAUAAAACGAGACAAAAUUACGGGAAAAGGUAAUAUAUAUGAAGGUGCGAAGAGUGGUUUUGAAUGGCAAGGCGUGGUUAUAUUAAUUGUUGUUCCAAAAGGUGGAAUCUCCCACCCCAGGAGCCCCCAUCCCGACCCGACAUGAUGGUGAGGAGGUUAGUCACGGUGACUCAGUCAGCAGAAUGACAGUAGGCCCAUACACCCGUGCGCACCAGACGUCCAGCCUUAUUUCAGAUUCUGUGACCUCCACCCGGUCGCUGCGGGGAUUCGAACCUUGGUCCAUUAUUCCAAAUCUCCCACCACUCGACCAACUGAGCUACCCGUGCGGGUGACGUGGUUAUAUUGAAGAACUGGCCCAAGUUCACUUCAUCUAAAAGGACCAAAACAAAAGGAAAUAAGUACUACACAAAUUAUUGUUUGAGAAUAUUUUUACCUUUUGAAAUGUGAAAUGUGAUCAUUAAAAUUGCUAAAUUGACCCACAAAACACACGAUUAGCCGUGCCCACAAAAUUGACCAAAAAAGAAUAAAACCCUCAAGCAAGGGUUCCACUACUCGUCCUUGAUGAAUAUCAUUAUUCAUUGAUGUAUGAUAUCAUCUUUUUAUGGACACUGAUAUCUUUGUAACAGAUCCAAAGAUUCAUGUGAUAUGACUUUGCCAGUUAAUGUAAUAAAUGAUACUUAAACAGGUCUUGGUUCACACGAACCGUGGAAUAAAUAAAAACCAAACUACCAAAGUAUGAAGUGCUACUAAUCACUUUUGAUGGCCAAUCAAGUGCAGAUGUUUUUGCCUACGUUUUUGCUGUUUUUUUAACCAAACCAAAUUAACUAGCAUUAAUUAAAUCAUGAUGGAGUACAUGAGAUAUACAAUCCGGUGAAGAAAAAAACCAAAACCGACGAUCAGACAAAGAAAAUGCCACCCUAGUUUAUUUUAUGAGGUUUAAUGCACUAAACACUCAUCAUAAUGCUUCAUAUAUAUUUGGCGCAUUAGUUGAUGUAGUUUAAAAAGUGCGUCAAAUAGUGAUGUGUUAUAAUUAUUCAUGUGUCGUACCCUUUCGAGAACAAAUUUAAUAAUUUGGCAAUUAGAUUUUUUCUAAA